AUGGCUCCAAUUGACCUUUUAAUCGGUCGGCCGACGCCGCGUCUACAAGCAGCAGAUAAACUAGCUGUCGCAUCCCAAAAAGUCUUAUUAAAACCUGAAAAAUCUGAUUGGGCUUUGACAUACGGACCCGAUCAUGGCGAAGAUGAUAUUCGCGAUCAUGUUGGUGCUUGGCUCACUCAAAAGUACAAGUCCGCCUCCAGCCCCAUUACUCGGGAUCGCGUUAUCAUCACCAACGGGGCGUCCGGAGCACUUAUUGCGAUACUGCAGAAGUUUACCGACCCAUUAUAUACACGCCGUAUGUUCCUUGUGGAACCUACCUAUUUUCUUGCACUUCAAUCUUUUCUAGACGCCGGUUUGGGUCCAAAGAUGCAAGGUGUCCCCGAGGAUGAUGAAGGGAUCGAUCUAGAGUUCUUACAAGCUCGAAUAGACGAAGAAGAAAGGAAACACGCCGAUAAUACCCCAGGAGUCGACGUCCCUUCAACGAAACUCGAAAGUCACGGAUAUAGGAAGCUUUACAAGUAUGCGUUAUACGUGGUUCCCACAUUGUCAAAUCCUAGCGGCAAGACAAUGUCGUUACACCACCGUAAAGCCUUGGUCGAGCUGGCUCGCAAGUACGAUAUUCUUCUUAUCGCAGAUGAUGUCUACGACUUUCUUGCCUGGCCGGCGGAUGACACUAUUCCACACAAAGACUUGGAAUUACCACCAAGGUUAAUUGAUAUCGACAGACAGACGCCUGGAAUCAGUGAAUGGGGCAACACUGUGAGCAAUGGGUCAUUCUCAAAGUUGGCUGCCCCUGGCCUUCGAGCUGGAUGGUGUGAAGCAGCACCCAACUUCAUCUACGAUUUAUCUACAACAGGAGCGACGCAUUCUGGUGGUUGUCAAUCACAAUACACUUCUUACUUACUUGACGACAUGUUAGUUUCUGGUGUUCUAGAAGACCAUGUGCAAAACACCUUGAUCCCAAUAUAUCGAAAAAGGUAUAAUGCUCUUGUAGAUGCAAUCAAGACCUACCUCUAUCCACUUGGAAUCAAGAUAUCAACUGGAAACCCUUACGAAAUUCGAGCUAAAGACGAUAAGGACAGCGAUGUUCGUACUCAAUUAGCUGGUGGUUUUUUCUUAUAUAUAGACUACCCAUACGAUGAGGCCUUUCCCACAGCUGCCGAUGUCAUCCGUAUUGGUCGCGACGAGUUUUCCCUAAGGAUCGCAUCGGGAGAACUUUUCACGGUGAAAGGGGAUCCUGAAAGUCUCAAGAGAGCGCAUGUCACUUUCAAUCGGGGGACUAGACUUUGCUGGGCGUGGAACGAAGAACAAGUUCUGGUUGAGGCCAUUCAGAGGUUAGCAAAAACGAUCGAGCGCGCAAAAGAAUGA